AUGAGACUCCGACAAUCACUACAGACUGCACUGCUAUGUGCGUCUUCUGCGCUCGCAGCUCCUCAUGGACCAAGUUGCUCAGCACCAAUUGGUUUCUCCAAGAAGUGUGCCGACUUCGCCUCUGAUCUCGUUAUUGAGGGUGGUGUUGUCAACGGUUCUUCCUUCGUUCCUGCUGGCACAAACUUCAGUGUACCCAUAUACGACCCAACAUGCAACACUGGUCCGCCCCAAUCAGUCCCCAUCACAAGGGACAUGUGCCGAAUUGUGCUCGAGGUCUCGACUUCUGCGCGAUCGGGCUUCAAGAUGGAGGCGUGGCUUCCGACCAACUGGACUGGCCGGUUUCUCUCCGUUGGCAACGGUGGACUGAAUGGCUGCAUCUCUUUCGACGACAUGGGCUACACAGCUGGCCUCGGGUUUGCCUCCGUUGGAACCAACAAUGGCCACGACGGAGGCGGGGGUUUGCCGUUCUACAACAACGCCGAUGUCGUAGAGGACUUUGCAUAUAGAGCCCUACAUACUGGUGUCGUAGUCGGAAAACAAAUCACCCAGGACUUUUACGGCAAGCCACACGACAAGUCGUUUUAUCUCGGCUGCUCAACAGGAGGACGACAGGGUUUCAAGUCCGCACAAGACUUUCCGGACGACUUUGAUGGCAUCAUUGCUGGAGCGCCUGCUGUCGCUUUCAACAACCUCACUUCCUGGAGUGGACACUUCUACCCCAUUACCGGUCCUUCGAAUUCUUCAACGUUCAUUCCGCUGCCAUUAUGGUCGGUUAUUCACGACGAUGUGAUGAAGCAAUGCGAUGGACUUGAUGGCCUUGUAGACGGCAUCCUCGAAGAUCCUUUGAUGUGCCACUACGACCCAUCAGGCCUGGUUUGUGCCGAAGGCAGCAACUCUUCCGCGUGCCUUACACCAACGCAAGUCCAGACCGUGAAGAAAUUCUUCGCGCCACUAGUCAACGAUCAAGGAGACCUGGUUUACCCGCCUAUCCAAUAUGGAGUUGAGACGGAAGUAGCUGCCUUCCUCGCAAAUGGACAGCCAUUCCCUUACACAACUGAUUGGUUCCGCUAUGCCAUUUACAACGACCCCAACUGGGAUCCAGCGACUCUAGGCCCCAAAGACUACGACUACGCUGCGAAGCUCGAUCCCUUUGGUAUCCAGUCUUGGAAGGGCGAUCUUAGCGCUGUGAGGGACCGCGGCGCAAAGGUGCUACAUUGGCAUGGCCUAGCCGACGCCAUCAUCUCGAGCGACAACAGCCCUCGCUACUAUAAUCACGUCCGCUCUACCAUGAACGCAACAAGUGACGAGUUGGACAAAUUCUACCGCUUUUUCCGUGUCAGUGGAACUGGCCACUGCCGUGGAGGUAAUGGUGCUCAUGCCAUCGGACAAGGCGGUGGGGAGAUUAACGGCUAUGAGCCCAGUAACAAUAUCCUCAUGGCACUGGUGGACUGGGUUGAAAAAGGCAAUGCUCCCGACUAUAUCAUGGGUACCAAGUUCGUAAAUGAUACCGAGUCUCUUGGUAUCGAGCUCCAGCGUGCGCACUGUAGAUUCCCGAGGCGCAACCAGUACAAGGGCGAGGGCGACCCCAACCUCCCCGAGAGCUGGGAGUGCGUGAACACCGACGAGGCUGUUUCUUGGGAGGUGGCCCAACAGUAG